UUUUUAUUUUCACACAGCAGCGAUAAAUGAUCCUUUUUAGAAAUUUUUAGAUGUAAGUCCAAGGCUAGUUUAAUUUUAGUUGUAUUUAAUAAUGCGUGGAAGCUUAUAAUGAGUCUAAUAGCAAUCGAUUAAGUAGCGAACCGAUUAUCGUAAUAUACCAUGAAUUAUUCGUAUUAGUUUUGAGUUAUACAAUGUUAAAACUUUAGUUGUCUAGUUAUUCGUUAAAAUUGCUUGGAAGCCUAGUAAAAUGUGUACUAUACCCCCAGUUCCUCCGCCUCCGCCACCCCCAAUCCUGGAAGAAUCCAAGUCGCCAAAAAAGAGUGCUUCUGACCAAGAGGCACCUGUAAGACAUCUGGACGUGUGUCAAUGGGCAUCUGACCACCAGCUAUGGGAAGCGUGUGCUAAAUACCGCGUUUGCCUGGACAAAGAACCCUUUCGCUACAAAUACAAACAUUUUGAGUCUAAGAUUCAAGUGGGACCUACUUGUGGAUUAGUUGCUCUCUCUAUGCUCUUCAAUGAUGAGAUCACACCUGAUAAACUAUUGAACAUUGCCAAAACGGAAGGGUAUACUAAUAAUGGUGAAAUGUUCAGUUGUAAAAACAUGAUGAAGCUGACUGAGAAAAUAUUAUAUUUAGCAGAAAUAUCUAAUGUUAAGUAUAAUUUAAAGAAUAGUGGUUUAUGUAGUAAAGAGAUUAUAGAAAAAUUAUUGGAAGGUGCAGUUUUAUUGGUACCAUAUGAUGCAGACUUCAAUCACUCCCCUUGUCUUAAAAAAGGGCACACGGCACACUGGGCUCUUGUCUGUGGGGUGAUCAUCUGCGAAGACCCUCGAGACACAUAUGAAGACCCCGACAAUGUGUAUGUCUUGUGCAAGCACGGCAAGUCUAGGUACUUGGCAGUUUGGAAACUUGAUGAUUUGGACAAAAGUAAUAAAAACUUGAUCGAAUUCUCACCAAAAAGAGGAGGAGAAGAGUGGAUUUAUAUUUUACCAGAAGGGGGUGUAGGAGGCGCGAAUGGAUUAAAGGAUCAGUUCCUAAUCUAUGAAGGUUUUUAAAAUAAUUUUAGCCUAUGCAAUGAAUUAGACAAUUGUAGAUUUUUGAUAGUUUUUAAAGAUAAUGUUAAUAGGUAAAUCUAUAAAAUGUUUUUGCAUUGGUUGUGCCUCUAAUGGUACUGUAGUGAUGUGGUCGUUAUUCUAAAAAAUUGGUGCUAUUUUGGAUGUUUUUUUUUUAUUUUUCUCAGUUUUAUGUGUUUAUUACAUGAAACUAUACAUAUAAUGUAUAUUGUCUGAGGCACACGAACAUUUGUGUCUCCAUACACACAUUUAAUAUCAUGUUAAAAUUUAAGGAUGUGGGAGUAAACAAUAAAAAGCUUAUUUCAAUGCAAAAUUUUUAUUUGUACAAUAAAUACAAAUUAUACUUGCAAAUUACCAUAAAAUAAUAAAUCUCAUCUGUUUGCUUAACCAUAUUAUAUGAAAUUAAAUCAAAGACAAGUCAAGAAUGUGUUACAGAAAAUUUUAUCUUUUUUUAUCUUUAAAUCCAAUUAUUGCACAGUCUAUAUAUUUUGCAUUUUAAUUUUGAUAAUUUAAGAAGUACAUUGUUUACAAUGCAGUAUUAAAACUUAAUUUAUACAUUUUUGUACUAAAUUCAACUUAAAGAAAUUUUCAUUAUAUUAACCUAAAAUGUAGGUUUAGAUAUCAUUGUGAUGAUUAUGUGUUCAUUAAUUAGAUUUGUUAAACACGAAUACACAAAAAUUGCGAAAUCGAUAAUCGCCAAAUUAAUAUUAGUAUAUGAGAUCAAAUCAUAUAAUGUGAAAUAGUCGAAACACAAUUGCGGAUGCUAUUAUUAUACAUAUGCGGAUGCAGAUUUAAUUUAUAAACGUAGUGUUUGUUAGGAAAUUAGAACUGUGUCAAUCACUUUGAAAAAGAGUUGAGUAUGGCGGCACAAAAUAUUUUCCUAAUAAAAUCUGUGGAAAAACAGCAACAUUCGCAAUCGAUGUUUGAUUUCACAUUUUAGAAGAUUUUAAUUAAAUUAUAAUCACAAUACUAAGUAUUAUGAAUGGCCAUGCACUAUAAACAUAAAAUGAUAGAUGCUUCCUCUUUUUUAUAGCAUAUAUAUGCUACAACAUUUUAACUUGUGAAUUCCCAAAAAUCUGAACAACUUGAUAAAGAUAUUUUGUAAUACCUACAUACAAUGUACAAAUAGAAUCACUUCUUUGAUUCAUGGUCAUUCAACAUCCUGAUGUCAUAGUUCAAGUUGUUUACACUGAGAAAUAGCUUUUGUUUCAACUUUCCUGGUACAAUUAACAGAUUUUUAAUAUUCUACCAAAAAAUAAGCUAUCCAGUCAAAGUAUGUUGACCGAGAUUUUAUAAUAUAGUUAAUCAUAUAGGUACCUACAUGAAGUACUAUGUACGGAAUAAACACGGAUAAUUCCACACAUUCCACAUAAUAUAAAGUCCGCACCACAAUAGAAGUCCCGUGGCAAUUCGUCGGAACUAUCAAUAACAGAUCGACCAACUUGUUAAGAAAUUACAACAUUUAUUUCAUACUGAAAAACACAAGUUACAAGCAACAAGUAUCAAUGACCGCCAAACUAGGAUUCUGUUGUCGGCGACCGUAUCGCUGCGUCUACUUCUUUUGUGGGAAGGACUAAUUCCAAUCCAAUAAACUGGAAUAAAUAAAAAAAGUAAUAAUAACGGGUUGCACUCCUGGAGUGCCGCCACAAGUGAAAACUUUGUGCAUCUUUGCCGUGUUACGAAUUUUCGAGUCACGUAUCCUGACGCGUGUUUAUCAUUUUUUACCCAUCACAAAAAGUGCACAACGCCGCUAAAGAAGUUUUCACUUCAAAAAUAACUAGAAUUUUUGAGUAAACCAAGAUAUUUAUUUCUAUAGUUGAAAAAAGCUGUUUAAAUAUUUUACGCACUUGGUUAAGUAUUAGAUAUACAUUGCUUAUUUCUAAAAGAAAUAUAGCGAGGAGUUAAGAUUAAAGUCGUCUACAUAUUUUGGUAAUCAAUAGGAUAAGGACCAUUAGUUAAACAGUCCAUAAAUUUUGAGUAAUUUUCUUGAUACGACUAUUUCAAAUAUUAUUCAAACUCUACUAACUAUUGUGUUUAAUAUAAUAUAUUUUAUUAUUAUAUUACUGAUAUAUUGAUUGAUAUAAUGUAGGCAAUUCUAAAUAUAGGAUAAAAGUAUUUGAAAUAAAAGUUAAAGCGAAAUUUUUCCAAGACAUUUUCAUAUUGAAUUUAAACUUUUCAUACGCGGGAUAAUAAAUAUAAACAAAUUAAUACAUGAAUAAAACGGCUUAUAGUAAUAUAUAAGAUAAGAAUUCAAGCGAUAUAUUACGGCAUAGGCUACUACCACAAGAGGAAAACGUUAUCAAUAUUUCUGUUAUGCAUCGUACAUGGUCUGGAAACUACGAAAAUACGCACACUAUAUCGCUUGUCUUACGAGCGACAUUGAACUGUCAGUCAUUCAUCUUAAAGCUCAUUUCAGCUUGAUAUCGUCAGGUGAUAUUAACCAGCUCCCAAUCGCGUAAUAAUUUUCGUUGGAUCGCGGAGUUGAACCUCGAUCGUUACGCAAUUUUUUUACCGUUCCGGUAUAGAGAAAGUAGUUGUAACAGAUUCGUGGAUCAAAACUGAACAGUAAACCAACGUUUUCGUUGUCAAAACAACAAAUUUGGAAGAUAAUAAUAUAAAAU